AAUUAUCAAAUUUGAGUAGCAGGAUCCAGAGAUUCUUUGGCUUGGUUUUGGCAACUGAAACAAUAAAUUAACAAAAGCUGGGAAUUCACUUUCGUGUCUUGAUCAACUAGCCUAAUCUUUGCGAUUUUAGCUUAAAUAAAAACCAUGUUAAGGCUGGAGGAAACCUAAAUAGAUUGUCAUACACACAUCACAGACUUGUCCCUCAAGGCCUCUGGCAGACUCCGAACUGAACUGAACUCCGCCUCAACACCUUCAAGGCUUUUGAACAGCAUGACCCUGUCUCUACUGUCCUCUGCUACCACCACCCAACUCUACCACCUGACCCACACCACUAGGACCUCUAAGACAGCUGAGGUGAUGCGUACUGUGGUGGAAGAGACUUUGCACUGCUCUCAUGCAUCUAUUAUUUAUAGUCUCUGUCUUCUCUCUCAUACAGCUUUCUGCCUCUCUGUAUCUCUAUUUCAGUCUCUCUCAGGCCUGACCACAUAAUGACAGACCUGCUGUAUAUUAAAAGGACCCUGCCCAUGCAUCCUAUCCCUGUCACCUCCCUCUUCGUGGGCCUUUAUAAGGCCCUCACAUGGGCGGGGGGGCACUACUUUCCUAAGAGGAACUGUGCACAGACAUCUGGAAGGCUUGCUAGUUCCUAAAGCCACCUAUUCACCCACAGCCAGGGAUCUCCUGUCUAAUCGCUAACCAUGGAUAACCAUUCAUACAACUUCCCCUCAGACUGCACCCCACUCACCAACUGUAAGUCUGCCCGUAAGCCGGCUGGAUCCACCGUCGUGAACAUGGGCAAUGCUGGCAAGAAUCCUCCCCGGGACUAUCUAGUCUGGUCAUUGUGCAACACCUUGUACGUUAACUUCUGCUGCCUGGGCUUCAUGGCUCUCAUCUACUCCAUCAAGGCAAGGGACCAGAAGACUCAGGGUAACCUGCAGCUGGCCCAGGAGUGUUCAGACAAGGCCAAGUGGUACAACAUCCUGGCAGCUGGCUGGAACCUACUGAUUCCACUUCUGGCCGUCGUCCUGCUCGUCCUCCUGCUCAUCCACCUUGGCACAUCCCAGGGCUCCUUUGACUUCUUUGGAGAGGACGGCUUCCAAAACUUCGUGAAACUGUUUAGCUGGUAGAUUGAGUCGAAGGGAGAGAAAUAAAAAAAAAAAAACAGUUAGUCUCAAAGUCAACUAAGAAUUUUAGCCAGUCUAACCCAAGCAAUAAAGGUGGACUUGCUAAAAUCUGCUCAGCACUUAAAUGAUCCAAAUUGGUGAGAAAGAAAAGUAAGCCAUGGUUUGUCUAUUACAAGAAUAUCCUUGUUGGGAUGCAUCAUUACUAAUGCUGAUAUCAGAUUUUCGACCAAUAAAACACUAAAACGUGACACCCAACCAGUAUCUGAUAGUUACAUAUAAAACAUAAUACUUUUGGACCAGCAAUCUCAAACUAAUGAUGAAAGUUUAGUUUUUAAAAAAUUGUAUAGAAAGUAUUGGUGCAUCCCUAAUUAUAAUGCCAGUAUUAGAGGGACCUCAGCUUACACCUGCCAGUCUCCCAGACAGUCAGCAGAGAUGUGAAGCUGAUCAAAGACUGAACAGCCUUAAAUGGAAAAAGAGGGGAACAAACAGAGUUAAGAAGGACUGAAUCCAGGCUGAGAGAUUGAGCAAGCAGCUACUCUGGGUCAAUUUUAUUGUUAUUUAUUGUAUUUAUGUGUUGAUGACAGGUGGAAAUAUCUCUAGGCAGGGUAGAAAGAGGAGAAAGAGCAGAGAGAACAGAGGACUGCGGAGCCAAAGUCUAAUUGUCACAAUGAUGAGAAGCCACUUGACAAAGGACAAUCAACAUUCACUCCCAUUGAUAGUCACAUUUUUCUUCUUUCAGCAGUUUAUCUGUUACAGCAUACGUACAUUUUUGGUGAUUAUUCAUGUUUUUUAUUAGCAUAUUGCUGUGUUAAGUAUUUUAGUGUUACAUCAUCUUAUUGCUGACCUCUUGUG